CUACAAAUGAAGAAACAAAUGUUAAUGAUAUACAUAUUAAAAAUUUGGGUGCAAGAGAAUUAGGAAUUACAAAAGAACAACAAAAGUGGACAUGUUCUCAAUGUACUUCAGAAUUUUUUGACUGUAUAGAAUUUGCCAGACAUUUACAAAAUCAUUAUAAGCCAACAAGCAAUAAAAGAGGUAGGAAAAGAGCAGAAGAAAAAUUAUUACUGAAAGAAAGACACUUUAUGAAAAGAAAAACAAUCAUUAAAAAUUCAAAACCUAAUGAAAAACAAUCUGAACUUAGAAGUGAAAAUGAAACAUCAGAAAAUAAUGAGAAAGAAACUGUUAACAAUAUGGAAAAUAAUACUCCAAAGGAUAAUUUAGAAAAUGAAACGAAUGAAAUGGAACAGGAAUCUGUUCAUUCAUUACAAGGUGAUAGUGGAAUUGAUGUAGAUAUGGAGAAAGAAUUACCAGAAGUCCAGAUUUCUCCUGAAGAUGAGACAUCUAUUCCCGGAACGGUUACUUGCGCUACUCAAACUUAUAGUAACAAGGGAAGGAAACGGAAAAGCGAAAUGGCAAUCACCGAAGAUACGACUUUCAAAGAUAAGAAAUAUCAAUUCGUAUCCAGAAAUAUUUCUCAGUCAGCAUCUAGAAAAUAUAACCUCAGAAGAACCAGAAAAGCAUUAGUUUUAAGUGAUGAUGAAACUGGUGAUAAAGACUUAUCAGAAUAUGAUGACGACGACGAUGACGAUGAUGAUGAUGAUGAAUAUGAUGAUGAUGAUGACGACGAUGAUUAUAAGUAUUCGGAAUCUGAAUAUGUUCAAGAAGCUGAUUCUCAAAUUUCUUCUGCAGUUUAUAAUAAAGAUACUUCUCAAACUAUGGAUUCAGUUGACAAAGAUGUCUCGGACGUUCAAGAAAAUGAUCAAUCUUUGCAACUAAAUUCAAAUGAAAUGAAUAAUUUGACUGAAAAUUCACAAAUACAGAGUGAUGAGGAAUCUGAAAAUGUGCUAGGUGAAUGCAAAACAUCUAAAGAAAAUGAAGAUAAGUUAAGACAAAUUUCAUUAUUACAGAACAAAUUUUCUUCUAAGAGAACAGGAUUAUACAAUUGUGAUUUGUGCGGGAAAGGAUUUAAUAAAACUCUGUAUCUUUUUCGGCACAUCAGAAAACACACGGGAGAAUUCACCUGUCAAAGAUGUCAUAAAGUUUUUGCUAGGAAGGAAAAUAUGAUAAAACAUAACUGUCCAGCAAUGAUAAAUUCGCAGGGUGAUGGGAACUUUGAAUUUUCUUGUAAUUAUUGUAAAAAAUCAUUUUAUACGGAGAAACUUUUAGCCAAACAUAAGAUCAAACAUACUGGAGAAUUCACCUGUUCCGAUUGUAAAAAGAGUUAUUCUACUAAGGUUAUUUUCCUUGUCCGACAUGUCAUAAACGCUAUGAAGCCGUCUACUGAACAGUUUAAUUGUAGCAUCUGUAACAAAAGUUUUACUAAAGAAACAUAUUUAUUAAAGCAUCUUCCUGUACAUACUGGUCAGCAUUCUUGCCCCAUUUGUGGAAAGUGGUUAAGAUCUGUGGAAUCUCUUACCAAUCACAUGAGAAUGUGUGGCCAGGUUAAAGAAAUUGAAGUUAAUGGUCAAGCAAAAUGUCCUAAUUGUCAAGAGGUGUUUACAGAUAUAAUAGAGUUUAGACGUCAUCAGUACGAACAUACACAUAUUCAUGCUUGUGAAACAUGUGGAGCACGAUUUCGGAAUAGGGUUUCUUUAGGACUCCAUGUGUGCCAGGGCAAAGAUCUGAAUUGUGAUAUGUGCAAUAAAGUUUUUACUAAUCAUGCAAAUUUACAGCGACACAAGUUCAUUCAUGGAGAACCAAUCUACAAGUGUUCCAAAUGCGGAAAAGGAUUUCAUCGGAAGGAUUCUCUCUUAAAACAUCCAUGUGAAAGAGCCAAAAAUAAUAAUUCUGUUCUCGAAAAGAAAAAGAAAUCUGGAAAUUUGAUGCCAUUGAUCUGUGAAAUUUGUGGAUCAAUGUUUUCUUGUACAAGCAGCUUAAACGUUCACAAAAAUCUUCAUGGUGAAAAGAAAUUUUCAUGUGAUUAUUGUGGAAAGAAGUUUCAUAGGAAAGAUAUAUUGCUCGAGCAUCAUGCCGUACAUGGAGCACCUAGUUUUCCUUGUCCGACAUGUCAUAAACUGUUCAAAACAAGAAAAUCUUUAGACACUCACGUUAUGAUACACGAUGGUGUUAAACGUUACAAAUGUGCAAAAUGUGGGAAGGAAUUUUUUCAGAAAGGUAACUUACAGAAGCAUGAGGAGACACAUAAUAAAGAACGCAAACACAUAUGUACUGUCUGUCAGAAAUCUUUCAGUACUAGAGAAUAUUUGUAUAUUCACAUGCUUGAGCAUACGAGAGGUAGAAUUUACGGUUGUGGAGUUUGCGGUCGUUCUUUUGUGAAAGAACAUCAGCUUCGUAGUCACCACAGGAUGUUUCACAGUAAUCAGUCUUAUUCUUGUAAAUAUUGUGGCCUUUCUCUGAAAUUGAGACAUUCAUUAAAGAGACAUCUCAGGAAGAAACAUAGUGAAUUUGAAAACGAAUGGAAAAAAGCAGAUUUUGUAAAUGCGAUGUUAAUUACAAAAAAUACUGCAAAGCAAACGGAUCCUUCUUCGGAAUCGUACAUAAUUCCCGACAUAACUUCGACCCAAGGUGCAGAAGUUUUAUUAGCAGUUGCUGGUCUCGGAAAUCAGGAAUUACAAGAUGCGCUUGUAUCAGGUCAAGCUCAAAUUAAGCAAGGAACCUCACCUGACACUUUUGAAAUAUCAGUGCCUUUUAAUAACGAACAAGAUGAUAACAUCACUAACGACGGCCAAAUUAUUUUAACUACAGAAAGCGGUACCGAUAUAACGUUACCGAAUAAUUUUAUACAGAAACAACUUCAGUGUCCCGUCGAAGUUAUGUGUUCGGACGAUGGUAAACAAUACAUUACGCUUCCAGUCGAAUCUAAUGGUGCAGUGCGGUCAGAAGGAGAACCAUAUCAAAUAACGUUACCUCUGCAGUCGGAAGUCGACGGUGCAGAAAAGUUGCAUGGUAUUACAAUACCACUCGACCAGUUUGCAAAUAUGGGAGAAGAAUACGAAAUUACUCUACAAAGAGAAGAGACGGGAGACAAAACACACGGUUCAAAUAAUGGAGAAAAGGAGAAUUAUCAAAUAUUGUCAGACGUAGCCGGUGUCGAAGAACACUAUGAAGUAAUGCGCUCAGAAGAGUAUGGCAACAUAGAUGAACAGUAUGAGGUAACCACUCUGUCCAACCAACAGAUGGCUGGUUCUAAUGAUAAUGAAUAUGAAGUGACUGUAGACAACACAUCACAGGAACUAGCCAGUACAAAUCAAUAUCAAAUAACUCUUCCAAAUCAAGAAAUGAGUGAAAAUGAACAGUUUCAGAUUACUUUAUCUAAUGAACAGAAUGAUACGAACUUGGUCGCACAAACCGAAGAUGGUCAACAGAUAGUUAUAUCUGGAAAGGAUUUACCAGUAGGAACACAUCACAUUGUACUUAACACAAGUAAAUUAUCAGAUAUAACUGAUACAGACAAUCUUGAUCAAGAUACGAUAGUUCUAGAGGAAGGAGCGACCAUUCUUCAGCGGCAGGAAGGAGAUGUACUGUUGUACGUCUUAACCAACGAGCAGCAACCUUGAAAUUUAUAACUGCCUUUUGUAUAUAUUUAUACACACACACACGUAUAUAUAUAUUGUACAGAUAAAAUAAAUUUUCAAUAUUUUUUCCUUUGUAGAAAUAGAUGUAAAAUUAUUAUUAUUAUUUUUUUAAAUUACAAUUUUUCACC